UCAUCUGAAAUUGAGAUUGAGGUCAACUAGCUGAGGACAAGAGACAUAUUGAUGAUUAUGCACGAGGUGCAUAAUGACAUUGCAGUGUGUUAUAUUUUUCCGGUAGAUGACGUCACCUGGCUGAAAUACUAGACUUAUAUUACACUUGUGAUACAAGUUACCAAUAGAAAAAUUGUACAGGGGAGUGAUGUCAAGAUGAAUUCAAACGAGAGUGAAGAAAAUAAUGGUAAUGACAGUGAUGAGUCGUAUUCAGAACAAUUAGACAUGAUUGUUGAGGAGGUUAGUGAUAAUUAUGACACCAGUGAUGAAAAUGACCAUGAUAUAGAUGAAGAUGUCAUUGAUGAAGCUGCUGAUGAACGGGCUGAGGAAAAUAAUGAUAAAAAACCUGAUAAUGAGGCUGACAGCAAAGAUAACGGACUAGCUAAUGAUGAUGGAAUUGAUGAUAAAAUUUAUGAUGAUAAUGAUGAUGAUGAUGAAAGUACUGAUGAUGAUGAUGAAUCUUAUAACAGAAAAAGAUCACCGAUGAGUGUACCUGAAAAUUCAAAAGUAAAAUAUGAGUCUGCGUAUGCGCAUUUUCAGGAGUGGCAGAAAAAAAAGAAAACAAAUUCAUUUUCGGAAAAAGUUUUGCUUGUUUACUUUUACGAAAUGUCAAAAGUUAGAAAAUCUUCGACGCUGUGGAAUACUUACUCGAUGUUGAAAUGCACUUUGAGUUCUUUUCAUAAAGUAGAUAUUGGGAAGUACAAAAAAUUGCUUGGAUUUUUGAGAAAAAAAGAAGUCGGGUUCAACAAAAGAAAAUCGAAAGAAUUCACGGCGACAGAAAUCGCUGAGUUUUUGAAUUCUGCGCCUGACGCUGAGUAUUUGCUAGAAAAGGUCAUCCUGGUUUUCGGUAUCUGUGGAGCUUCAAGACGCGCCGAAAUUUGCGGACUGACUACUGAAGACGUUAAAGACACCGGCACUCAAUUAAUCGUGACGAUACAGCACGUAAUCAAAAAUGUUCCUGACCGAAAAUUUACAAUCGAUGACAACUUUUACAAACUCGUUAAAAAAUAUAUUUUUCUAAGGCCGGAAAGGGGACCGUAUAGAAAAAUGACAAACAGAUUUUUCUUGAAUUAUCAAAGGAGCAGAUGCACACGGCAAGCCAUUGGAAUAAACAAAAUUGGCAAUACGGCGAAGAAAAUCGCUCGAUACUUGAAGCUGCCGGAUGCUGAUGCGUACACGGGUCACUGCUUCCGGCGGACUACGGAAAAACUACUCCGGGACUCGGGAGUGGAUAUGAGAUACAUGUGUCGUUAUGGGCAAUGGAAAACUGAUGACGUCUCUGAUGAUGAUGCUAGAAAAAUAUUUAGAUGCAUAACUUGCAAAAUUAAACUAAAAGCUCCUGUUGAUUGCGAUCCGCCUGAGGUACCGGAGCCAAAAAUAUUCAAACCCAUUCCUAAGCAAUUGAAUGUUAAUCAACGAGUCACAGCAUCAACUUCGAAAAUCAGUUCUCCUGAGGUUAUUACGAAGCCUCCAGCAGACAGUUCUGAAAUAAUUCCUAAACUUCCAGAAAUAGAUCCUCCUCAAGUAAUUUCUGUCUCUCCAGCAAUCGAUUGUCCUGAAAUUACUUCCGAACCUCCAGUAAGAAAUUCCCAGGAAACAACCAACAAAACGACUCCAGUAAUCAAACGUCAAGUGAUUAUUUCAAAAACUAAAAUAAAUAAAGUGGAUUAUCACAGUUUUAAAUAUUCCGUCGUUGAAAUUGAUAACAGAAGACUAGAAAUUGUUGAACGAGGGUGGGUUCCCCUGGAAGGAACAUCAACAGUCACGAGUUUCGGAGGAUUCAAUGACUAUCAGAGUGCUGCUGAUUGGGCGGAAAUUCUUGAUAGAAGAAAAUCUCUAGACAAUCGAAACUGGAAAUUUUUGCAAGCGCAUUUAAGUAAUACGAGAGUACAAAAUGUUAACGUGGAUCAGAUUAAAGAAGAAGUUUUAAUUAAACAGGAAGUGGCUGAAGAUGAGGAUCCUCUACUUUGUUCCUAAAUAUUUUUAUAAGUUUUUGUAAAUUAAGUAUUAAUGUUUAUAAUUCUAAUAAUUAACUGAAAAACUAAUUAAUUUAUUUAUUUAAUUAUUUAAAUAAUUACUCGAAAUUUUUUUACUU